CAGCGACACGUUAGUGUUUUUCCUCUUGAUUUAUUCUCCUUGUGUAAUCUGAGAAUGCUGUACAGCCUGAGUGGAAACAUUCAGAGCACUGAAGUUGAAAACAGUGCGAGCUUUGGACUGACACAGUUUACACUUUCCUAGCUGUAUGGAUAUAAAACUGGACAAAAUGAGAACUUUAUGGAUGUUUCUUUUCCUCAGUGUUUUGGGAAGAGCUAUCUGGGGUUUCCCACAGCGCUGUACAACUGACAGCUAUUUACAAGGACAGUGCAGAACUCCUCCUGAGGAAAAAUCCAAAUGUACAGAUAUCAUGUUGACCUACUGUAAAGAUAUGUCCUACUUCACCACCAUGUACCCGAACCUCCUGGAACAAAAAAGUCGCAAUGAGGCUGAGCAGAGUUUGGAGUAUCUGCUUCUGACUGUAAUUCAUUCAGUGUUAAAUGGAGAGUGCAAUCCAGAUAUACGCAUGCUGGGCUGCUCCAUUAUAGCACCACGCUGUGAGAACAACAAGAUCCUGAAGCCCUGUCGCAGCACCUGUGAGAGGGUGCACAAAGCCUGUGAUCGCAUGUUUGAGCGCAUCGGAAUGGCCUGGCCAUACUUUCUAGACUGUGAUCGCUUUUUUGUUAGUGAAGAGGAGGGCUGUUAUGAUCCACUGGAAGGCCUGAGAGAGAAUGAGGAGCUUGAAAUGGAUAGCAUUCCAGGAGAGGAGUCCUCAUCAAGAAGCCCCUUAACCUAUCACUCCAACACACAGAUGUUCAACAUUCUCAAAAAGACAGCGGAAGAAUGCUCUCACAUUUCAAGGACAUACAGCAUUGGACAGAGCGCUGAAAAGAAAGACCUGCUGGUAAUUGAGUUUUCAAGCAACCCUGGAGAGCAUGAACUAUUGGAACCAGAGGUCAAGUACAUUGGGAACAUGCAUGGAAAUGAGGUCAUGGGUCGAGAGCUGCUGAUUCACUUGGCUCAGUACCUGUGCUCUGAGUAUCUGUUGGGAAAUACACGCAUCCAGACUCUCAUCAACACCACACGCAUCCACAUUCUGCCCUCCAUGAAUCCUGAUGGCUAUGACUUAGCCCUUUCUGAAACGCACAGAAGUUUUGACUUGGAUUAUUAUGAGGACGCCAUAUAUACUGGGUAUUUAGCUGGCCGUUACAAUGCCCAGAAUAUAGACCUCAACAGGAAUUUCCCAGACUUGACAUCUUCUGUCUACAACCAGCGUCGACUCAAGUUGUUUCGCAGUGAUCAUAUUCCCAUCCCAGACUUAUACUGGCUUGGUAAGGUUGCUCCAGAGACAUAUGCUGUUAUGAAGUGGAUACGGUCCAUUCCAUUUGUUCUGUCUGCUAGCUUUCAUGGAGGAGAUCUGGUGGUGUCUUACCCUUUUGACCACUCAAAACAUCCUUUCGGAAAGAACAUGUUCUCUCCCACUCCAGAUGAGCAGGUGUUCAGGCAGUUGGCCAGGAUUUAUGCAAAUGCCCAUGCCACAAUGUCCAGUCAGGACACAGAAAGAUGUGGUGGCAACUUUGCUGAUAAAGAAGGGAUUGUAAAUGGGGCUCAGUGGUACAGUAUAUCAGGAGGAAUGGGGGACUUUAAUUACCUCCAUACAAACUGCUUUGAGAUAACAGUCGAGCUGGGCUGUGACAAUUUCCCAGAAGAGAACGAUCUAUAUACAGGCUGGAGAGAAAAUAAAGAGGCUCUCCUGACUUUCUUGGAGUCGGUGCAUAUGGGAAUUAAAGGAAUUGUAAAAGACGAAGAUGGCCAUGGCAUUAAAGGAGCCACUGUAUCAGUCAAAGGGAUCAGGCAUCACAUCACUACAGCUGAAAAUGGGGAUUAUUGGAGACUGCUGACACCAGGCACCCACAUUGUCAUUGCCUCAGCACUGGGUCAUAGCAGAGCCGUGAAGAGGGUGUACCUCCCUGCUCACAUGCAGAGUGCUGGUCGAGUGGACUUUGUGCUGAAGAAAGUGCCACUGGAUCCAGAUAUUAAUGAAUUACACAGCCUUCGUUUGGAUGAAUAUAAGCGAUUUGACCCUUAUAACCAGCUGGCACGGUAUUCCAAACUUGAAUCUAGGCAGAGGGAGGAGGAGAGGGAGGAGAAGCCAUGGUGGUGGUCCUAUUUUACACAACUUGGUUACCGAAACCCCUCUUGGCUCCUGAGGAAUUAGCUCCAUCUAGUGCUCUCAAAGUAUCUUCAUGGUCUGCUCUUGGGUUAGUUUGAAGAUCAUCUUUAAUGGGUGCAUUGUAGACAUAUAAACCAUAACACAACAAUCUAUAUGAACACAGCUACUGAGAUUUCACAGCAUGGUCUACAAAAUAGCUGAAACAAGCCUAUAUAAUUUCACCCCAAAUACCCAUUAUCUAUAUCUGUAUCAAGAAAAAAAAUCGAUCUGAAUAAACUUACAAUGGUGCUUUAAAG